GUUGAUUUCAGAAAAAAGUUCGUUUCACGAAAAGCUACAAAGUUUCUUUGAAUGAUUGUAUCUUCCGGAUACAAAUAAACCCCCUAAAUGAUUUUUCAAUGAACAUUGCAAACUUACUGCGCUAGCCCUGAUAUAAGAAAGAAAAACAGAUUUCGUUUGAAGGAAAAUACUACCAAUUUUAUUUCAGUGAUUUAAUCAUCCGGAUCAAACUUCAUCCCGCUGGUAUAUUCGCCACUCACUAAUCUUAUGUUUGUUCUGUGGAGAGGACUUCGACGAUUAUCACAAUAAUACGUUGGACAAAUGAUGAUAGCUCGGUUGGGGAGGACUUGAAGCCAUAAGGUGUUUGGAUUACUGGCGUACUGAUAGUGGGCAUAAUAAAGUGGAGAAUCAUCGCCAUGCCUGGGGAACAGCUGACCUGUGUGUGGCAAACUGCGUUUGCGAAGGGUCUUCAUAACAAGAGCGGAGACAUACCAAAGGAAUCCAUCAAAGAAAUAGUUUUAGCAUUAGCAAAUCUGGAAUCCGUUCAUUAUUCUGAAAGAACAUUCCAAGAAGUUUUUAAAAGUUCUGGUGUCAUAAAUUUCACAUCGUUUAAGCGAUACGUUGAUAAUCAUCUAAGGGAAAAGGGAUAUCCGCUUCAUGUUGUUUUCGAUGAAAUAGAAGGAAAAUGUUGGGAGCUUUGCCAGCCAUAUUACAAAACGUCUCUCAACAAAGAGGACACUCGAAAACUUUGGAUGAUAUCAAACCGGCUUGUAGACGAGAAUUCGUAUCCACCUGCCAUCUGUCAGCGGGAGGGGAACUGGUUCAUGGAAAAAAUGUUCACAGCCAUUGGCAAGAUGUGGAAAUGCAGCGAAUGCUUCAAAACCGAUGGAGCAACAUUUCAAGAUCUCGCUGAUAUAAUCGAAGAUACAGUUUUACAUGAGACAUCUCAGGACAAACUGCAGAAGAGCAUGACUUCUUUGUAUACUAGUAUUGUCACAGAAGUAAUGAAGUCCGGGUGGGUCUAUAAACGCACCAGGAAGCAAGCCAACUGGACCAACUGGGUCCACAGAUGGUGCAUCCUUACACCAAAUAAAAUUAUUUACUGCAAGGAGGAAACCUCUUCACCAACGUCAAGUCAAACAAAAGGAGAACUCUUGAUAACAAAGCACACACAAUUACUCGGUCUGAAUGACUACAAUAGUCUUCUUCACAAACUGAAGGGUCGAUUCAUUGUAUCAAAUAAACCUGUUAUUGAUAUGGAAAUUUCUGUUGGUAGUGCUGAAGAAAAGGUGUCGUGGCUGUCGGCCCUUGAAGAAUCCAUUAAGUGCUGCACAGAAAAGCACACACCUAUUCAAAAGUUAUUAAAUGAGCGCCGGAGUCAUGAAAAGAAACACGAGAAUGGCCAGACCCAGAAUCCAUCUAUUCCAUCUACAACCCCAAAAAUGACGAACGAAAAGGUGAAAGCGGUUCACUACGAUGACGACAAAACCAAAAAGGAAAUGUUGAAGCCAGAAAACAUUAUACAUGCAAACACGGAGAAAAUGAAAGCCAUGUUUAUGAAGAUGGACAAAGACGGGAACGGACAAAUCGACAGAGAAGAGUUUGCAGCAUUUCUUCAAAGUAUUGGCCUUCAGAUGUCAAAACAAGAAGCUAAUUUGGUUUACAAAAGUGUCGACACAGACGGCAAUGGACAUGUGUCGUUUGACGAGUUUCAGUUAUAUUUUAACAAACACAUCAUGGACGAAACCUGCUCUGCAGAGUGCGUCAACGCUAUGAGAACGGCUUUCAUGGAAGCAGAUAGAGAUGGCUCGGGAACUCUAAGUUUCCGAGAAUUAACAGAGUACAUAUGGGACAAAAAAAGAUCAAUCAGAAUGUCGAAAGUAAUGAAGGUGUUUUCCGAAGCAACAAAAGCAGGUUCAGAUGAAAUCUCAUUCACGGAUUUUCAGCAAGUCAUUCAAAAUGGAGCAUCUGAUCUAAUGAUGCCAAUAAUAGAAGAAUCAAUGAAAGAAGAUGAAACAUCCGAUGUUUUCCGAGAUCAGCUGAAACACGCUUACGAUGAUACAGAAGCAAAGGAGUUAGCUUCUUACAUUCGAGAAAGAUGGAACAAGUUUGCAACGUUUCGACGUGCAGGGAAUACUGGUUCUGUAGUCAUGACAGGUGGACACGGAAUGGUGGCAGAUUUCCUUCCAGGAGAAUACAAUCUGGUAGAUCUUGCAUGUUUCAGCGACCUUCCGCCACUGGUUCCCAAACACACCAUAGCGAAAGGAGUGAAAUGGGUCUCAAGCUCUGUGUCUGGAAAAUCUGGAAAAGCAAUUUUUCCGAAGAAUUUUGAUGGAAAGAUUGUGACCGAUCUUGCAACAAAUGAACUUCUCCGGUACUACGGCUGUAGUUUCGCUGAUACACAACAAGAAAAGGUUUCCCUGCUAUAUCGACAUGGUAUCCAGGAUUUCACAUACGAAAACGGAUAUCUGGAAAAGUACGUUACAUCUGCAAAUGGCGGCGCAGGGAUUGAAAAACACGAUUUUUCACACCUGGAUUGUCCUUUGGUCCCAAAUUCAGGGACUUUUAUAUUAGGGAAGUUUACGGAUGACGAUGAGAUUCAUAUCACUGGAUUCAAAAUCCCAGUGAGGCACACUCUUUAUAUACCAGGUGGAACAAUCCACUGCAACGACUAUUUGUCAGGAACGUGGAGGACGAUGUUGUCCGACGAAACGGAAAUUGAUCACGUGCAUCUUACUAGAGUGUUAAGCACCGAGAAUGGCGGGAAAUACGAGCAGUUCCAGUUUCAGUUCGAUUGAAAAUAAACUGAGUUGUCUGGUUAUCAUUUCAUUCUGUACAGUUGGAUUCGAACGAAAGGAAAUUAGGACCCGCUUUAUUUUGAAACACGUUUUUGUAUCUCUAUUACUUCAUGUGAACAGUUUAUGCUUGUUGUGUCAAAUGAUGUCUACUUUUAUUAAACUGUUUUGAGAAAUAGUUACUUUGUAUUCAUGUGUACGAACUGUCAUUUGUGUUUUGGAAAUUAUUAUUCUAGAGAUCCUAAGAAACAUCCCUGUAUUUUCGAUUAGUAAACUUCUUAGUUGUGUUCAUGUAGUAAUGUUUAUCCCAUUUAGACAUGUACGUGUGCGUUAUAAUGUAUAUACUUAGAUAUCAUGUUAUUCAUAUAUAUGUUUUUGUUGUAAUGUCCAGUGUGUGUUUUAACAUUCGAAUCAAAUACCAUAAUGGCAUUUUUUGGUAUUAAAUAUCAAACAACCAAUACCUGAAAACAUAAACGAUCUGAUUUCUUUUUGGAAUAAUGAAAUUACUUCUGAAAAGGAUAUUGCCCAAAUUAGAUUUAAAGCAACACAUGAAUCGCUUAUUCACAUAUUAUAGCAGACUCUUUAAUAAACAAUUUACCUGGCGAUAUGCACCUAACCUUUACGGUAUACUCUUUCAAGUAAAAAAGCAAGAAAUAUUGAUUUAACAUACAGUCAGAUUAGACAAUAAUCGUACGCACCAUAAUAGCAUUAUGCAUACGGCCUCAAGUUUGACUAUAUGUUUGUUUGUUAAAUUGAUACUGAUAUGGCUGUCAAAUUCAAAUAGGCAUGAUUUAUAUUUAUCCUUUUCACUGAACGAGACGACUCUGAAUAAGAUUUAUCAACAGUUACUAUGCAAAUUCCAAUGUAUGUAUUGUAUUCAUUUAUUGUUUACUUAUCUUGUAUUUUUUCAUAGAUGGCCGAAUUGUAAAUGAGAUGUGUUGGUAUUAUACUUGAGUCCUAAGGCGUUACCAUCUGAAAGUAAAAUGCUUUUAUUUGCAUUAUUAUUAUAAUCAUGUCGUAGUAGUAGUAGUUUUCAAUAUUGAAAUUAUUGUUUUCUAAUUGUGAUUUUUCUGCAGGCAUACAUGUAUAUCUUUGUGUCUAUAUUGUUUUAAACUUCAAGUGAUUUGUACCCUAAGGUUUACGGCAUUAGUACUACAAUUAGAAAAUAGUAUACAGUCUGUUAAUUGGAUGUUGACCGAUUUUGUUUAUAUAUAUAAAUAUAUAACACCAUAAGGAGUAAGCAAAAUAUGAUGCGAAAUGAAAAAUAGAUUUGAUGAUUUGGAAAAGAACGCCCGGUCAACGCGCCACGAUCAUUCGUCCUAGAUGGCGCUAACGUAAUGCAUGAGUUUGAUCACCAGAAUAGUGAAGGUUGAAGCAGAUAUCAAAUUUAACUUGAAGUGAUUUCACAGUAUGUAGAUUGUGUAUUCAUAUAUACAUAUAUACAGAAUCGUUGCAUACGUAAAUCAUUUAGGAGAAGUAUUGAAAAUAGCCUUAUUCAAGAUUGAAACAACUGAGUAUGCCUCUAUUUAUUGUGUCUUUAUAAAACACAUGCAUUUUGAUUAAUGUAUCUCUCUCCUUCAGUAACAUUGGCACGUGUGUGGCUUAAGUUUGCCAUUGUAUUUGUACUUGUAUGCAGACUGGAUGUAAAAAUAAACGUGUUUUGAGUUGA